AUGAGUAGCUCCCGCACUGGAGGCAAUAGGACUGACUCAAUAUCUGUUUGCAAAGCCAGUGAUUUCUUGGGACAAAAAGCUUGGAUAGAGAAGACCUUUUCCAAAAGAGAAUGCAUCUACACAAUUGUCAGCAGUAAAGAUCCUAACAGGUGUUGCUGUGGCCUGCUUAUUUCCCAACAUAUUCCACCUCUUCCAAGUAGCACUCCCAACAAAAAUGCAGAGGAAAAUAAACAAGUGGAGGCAGCACAGCCAGAGAAAUGGUCUAUCAGUAAACAUACUCAACUCUAUCCAACAGAUUCUUAUGGGAUGCUGGAAUUUCAGGGUGGUGGACAUUCAAACAAAGCAAUGUAUAUUCGUGUGUCAUAUGACACCAAACCGGAUUCACUUCUUCAUCUUAUGGUGAAAGACUGGCAACUAGAACUUCCCAAGCUUUUAAUCUCUGUUCAUGGGGGACUCCAGAACUUUGAGAUGCAGCCCAAGCUGAAGCAGAUAUUUGGAAAAGGACUAAUCAAAGCUGCCAUGACAACAGGAGCCUGGAUUUUCACUGGAGGUGUCAGUACUGGUGUCAUUAGCCAUGUAGGUGAUGCCUUGAAAGACCAUUCUUCAAAGUCCAGGGGCAGGAUUUGUGCCAUAGGAAUUGCUCCAUGGGGCAUUGUGGAAAACAAGGAAGACCUCAUUGGAAAGGAUGUAACAAGGGUUUAUCAAACCAUGUCAAACCCUUUAAGUAAACUUUCUGUACUAAACAACUCUCAUACUCACUUCAUCUUGGCGGAUAAUGGCACACUUGGCAAAUAUGGAGCAGAAGUGAAGCUCCGGCGGCAAUUGGAAAAACAUAUCUCUUUACAAAAGAUUAACACACGACUGGGACAAGGUGUUCCUGUUGUUGGUGUUAUCGUUGAAGGGGGUCCUAAUGUGAUUUCCAUUGUCCUGGAAUGUCUUCGAGAAGAUCCCCCUAUUCCUGUUGUGAUUUGUGAUGGCAGUGGGCGAGCAUCAGACAUUUUGUCUUUUGCACACAAAUACUGUGAAGAAGGAGGGAUAAUAAAUGAAUCCCUCAAGGAUCAACUUCUAGUUACCAUUCAGAAAACAUUUAACUACAACAAGAUUCAAUCUCAUCAGCUCUUUUUAAUUAUCAUGGAGUGUAUGAAAAAGAAAGAACUUGUUACUGUGUUUCGAAUGGGUUCAGAAGGUCAACAAGAUAUUGAAAUGUCAAUUUUAACUGCUCUGCUAAAGGGUACAAAUGCAUCAGCUCCUGAUCAGCUGAGUCUGGCUCUUGCCUGGAACCGUGUUGACAUUGCACGAAGUCAGAUCUUUGUCUUUGGACCCCAUUGGCCGCCUUUAGGAAGCCUGGCACCUCCUGAUGUCAAAGCAACUGAGAAGGAAAAGAAAUCUCCACCUGCACCAGCCAAGGGGGGCAGAGGAAAAGGAAAAGGAAAAAAGAAAGGAAAAAUCAAAGAAGAAGUAGAAGAAGAAACUGAUCCACGAAAGAUUGAGCUCCUAAACUGGGUGAAUUCUCUAGAGCAAGCUAUGUUGGAUGCUUUGGUCUUAGAUCGGGUUGACUUUGUAAAACUUCUUAUUGAAAAUGGAGUCAACAUGCAACACUUUCUUACUAUUCCACGGCUAGAGGAACUUUAUAAUACAAGGCUUGGCCCACCAAACUCACUUCAUUUGCUUGUGAGGGACGUGAAAAAGGGAAACCUCCCACCAGAUUAUCACAUUAGCCUGAUAGAUAUAGGUCUCGUUCUAGAAUACCUCAUGGGUGGGGCCUACCGCUGCAACUACACUCGGAAGAGUUUUCGGACCUUGUACAACAACUUGUUUGGACCAAAGAGGCCUAAGGCUCUUAAACUUCUUGGGAUGGAGGAUGAUGAGCCACCUACCAAAGGGAAAAAGAAGAAGAAGAAGAAAAAGGAAGAGGAGAUAGACAUUGAUGUGGAUGACCCUGCAGUCAGUCGUUUCCAAUAUCCCUUCCAUGAGCUUAUGGUGUGGGCUGUACUGAUGAAGCGCCAAAAGAUGGCAGUAUUCUUGUGGCAGCGAGGGGAAGAGUCCAUGGCCAAGGCCCUAGUGGCAUGUAAACUCUAUAAAUCCAUGGCCCAUGAAUCAUCAGAGAGUGAGCUAGUUGAUGACAUUUCUCAGGAUUUGGACAACAAUUCAAAAGACUUUGGCCAGCUAGCUGUUGAGCUCUUAGACCAAUCUUAUAAACACGAUGAACAGAUUGCCAUGAAACUCCUGACCUAUGAGCUAAAAAACUGGAGCAACUCCACCUGCUUGAAAUUGGCUGUGGCAGCCAAACACAGAGAUUUCAUCGCCCACACCUGUAGCCAAAUGCUAUUAACAGAUAUGUGGAUGGGAAGGCUCCGGAUGAGGAAAAACCCAGGCCUUAAGGUUAUAAUGGGGAUUCUUUUCCCCCCUACAAUUUUGUUCUUGGAAUUUCGUACCUAUGAUGACUUUUCAUAUCAAACGUCAAAGGAAAAUGAAGAUGGCAAAGAAAAAGAAGAGGAGAACAUGGAUGCAAAUGCUGAUACUGGUUCAAGAAAAGGGGAUGAGGAGAAUGGGAACAAAAAACAAAGGAGUAUUCCUAUUGGAACUAAGAUUUGUGAAUUCUAUAAUGCCCCUAUUGUCAAAUUUUGGUUUUACACAAUAUCCUAUCUGGGCUACCUGCUGCUAUUUAAUUAUAUUAUUUUGGUGAGAAUGGAAAGAUGGCCCUCUGUCCAAGAAUGGAUUGUUAUCUCCUAUAUUGUGACCCUUGCUUUAGAGAAAAUAAGAGAGAUAUUAAUGUCAGAACCAGGAAAACUCAGUCAGAAAGUGAAAGUCUGGCUUCAGGAAUACUGGAAUAUUACUGACCUUGUGGCCAUCUCAGUGUUCAUGAUUGGGGCAGUUCUUCGCCUUCAGAACCAGCCAUACAUGGGCUAUGGCAGAGUAAUCUAUUGUGUGGAUAUCAUCUUCUGGUACAUCAGAGUCCUGGAUAUCUUUGGUGUAAACAAAUACCUGGGCCCCUAUGUUAUGAUGAUUGGAAAGAUGAUGAUUGACAUGCUCUAUUUUGUGGUCAUCAUGCUGGUUGUCCUGAUGAGCUUUGGAGUAGCCCGACAAGCCAUUUUACAUCCAGAUGAAGAACCUUCUUGGAGACUAGCCCGUAACAUCUUCUACAUGCCCUACUGGAUGAUCUAUGGAGAGGUGUUUGCAGACCAGAUAGACCUCUAUGCCAUGGAAAUUAAUCCUCCUUGUGGAGAAAACCUGUUUGAUGAAGAUGGUAAAAGACUUCCUCCCUGCAUUCCGGGGGCCUGGCUCACCCCUGCUAUCAUGGCUUGUUAUCUCUUGGUAGCUAAUAUUCUCUUGGUCAAUCUGUUAAUAGCUGUUUUCAACAAUACCUUUUUUGAGGUAAAGUCAAUAUCGAAUCAAGUUUGGAAAUUUCAGAGAUAUCAGCUGAUCAUGACAUUUCAUGACAGGCCAGUCUUACCUCCACCUAUGAUUAUCUUGAGCCACCUCUACAUAAUCAUCAUGCGCCUCAGUGGCAAAUGUAGAAAAAAGAGAGAAGGGGACCAAGAUGAACGAGAUCGGGGAUUGAAGUUAUUUCUUAAUGAUGAAGAACUUAAGAAGCUGCAUGAAUUUGAGGAACAAUGUGUAGAGGAAUACUUUCAAGAAAAAGAAGAUGAGCAGCAGUCAUCCAAUGAUGAGAGGAUCCGAGUUACAACUGAAAGAGUUGAAAACAUGUCAAUGAGGUUAGAAGAAGUAAAUGAAAGAGAACAUUUUAUGAAAACUUCACUACAAACUGUGGACCUUCGACUCUCUCAACUGGAAGAACUAUCAAGUAGAAUGGUGAAUGCUCUUGAAAAGCUUGCGGGAAUUGAUAAAUCUGAGCUGGUACCAACACGUUCCAGAGCAUCUUCAGAAUGUGAUGCAACUUUUCUUCUAAGACAAAGUAGUAUCAAUAGUUCUGAUGGCUAUAGCAUGUAUCGAUAUCAUUUCAAUGGAGAAGAGUUAUUUUAUGAGGAUAGCAUCAUUCCUCUGUCACCAGGUCCUGGAUUGCGUAAAAAAACCUGUUCAUUUCGCCUAAAGGAAGAGAAGGAUGGUCAGGAAUCAAGGAUGCAUUUGGUACCAGAAUGUCAGGAAAGCCUUUGUAUGAUAUCCAACACAAAUAUAUCAAAGACACAAGAUUGCUGUAAGAUCACAUUAGGCGAUAUACAGAAUGAUUUACCAAACUCUGGUCCAAAUAUUGGUAUUUCAGCUGAAGAAGAUGAAAAAUUUGGAAAUUCAAAAAAUGAUGAAAUUAUUUCCCAAGGCUUAAGUCAAACAGAUAUUAUAAAUGGACAGGCCAGAUCAGAUUUUCAGAACACUCAGUUAAAAGUAGACAAGACAAAGUUAGAAGGAGCAAUUUCUUACCCAUUAGACAAAACAAAAGUAACACGUUACUACCCUGAUGAAACUUUAAAGACAACUAUGAAGUCUAGAAGCUUUGUUUUUUCCCAUGAAAGAAAGCUAAUUGGAGGGGUUAAUAACUGGAGUACAGAUUAUAGUUCAAUUAUGGAUCAAGUAUGCCCUACAACAGUUGAACAGUGGACUACAGAAUGGAAAUACCAAAUAGAAAAGAAAAUUUCUCAAUCCCAUAGUACAGAUUUCCCUUUAAAUGUUUCUGAAGCUGCAAUGCAAGCAGAACAAAAAGAGCACUUAACAGACACAGAAGAUGAAAUUGAUGUUACAGAAGCAGUUCCCAAAGCCUCUCGUUCUUCUCUAGCUGUUAUUGGCAGAACUGCAACUACCACAGAAAACUUAUUGUCUGUGAAACCACACAGGCCUGGUGGAUUCCAAUCUGUAAGGUCCAAAAGUUUACAUGCUCAUUCUCGGACUGCUAAGUCCAUUCAGGACAAAUUGGACAGACCAGGGCAUGCCAGCAGUGUAACUAACCUAGUAGUUGUGUCUGAUAGUAAAGUAGAAACACAAAAAGCUAAACAAGAGAAAGCCUCCACAGAGACUGAAUGUUAAAGCAAUUUUGUAAAAAAAUUGACAAGUACUAUCUGAUCACUUAAGACAUACAGAACUUAGCAUAGCUUUCAAAAAUUAUUCAUAAUUUUGGGAACUAAUUUUGCAUUUAUUUUUAAAUAAAAUACUAAUUCCCCAAGCUUAAAGCACUAUUAUGUUGAAUCAAAGCUGUAACACAUCAAGGAAAUGUAUUGACAUCUUUUAUUUUUAUAUCACUCAUUCUCCAAUAUAUUCACUCACCCAGAAAAUUAUCAUUAAUAACAAAUACUAGAAAAGAAAGAGAAAAAAAGCCCUUCAGUUAAACAAACAUUGACUGAAUCCAAUGAUAUAUUUGAUGUUCCCUCACCAUAAGUACUCAACUCCACUUCUGCAAAGAAGAGAGGUGUUCUCAUAUGUCUUCUUCAGAGUCAAACUUGGUCAGUAUAACCAACAGUUUAGGAUACUUUUUAAAGAAUUUAGUGUUCAGGAAGAAUAGAGCUAAAUGAAACUAAAAAUCAAAGAACCACACAAUGAGCUGAGAGGCACCUUAGAGAUGAAUAUAAUAAAGUAAGAAAAAAUAGUUAAUCAACAUACAAGAGUCAACAAAGUCCUUAUUUCUAAGAGUAACUAGCAGUGCUAAAGAUUAAAAAUAUGAAAACCACUGCCACAUGCUCCUUAUAUAGGAAAAAAAUGAAGCAAAAGUUAAAAACAGGAGAAAAAAGAUAGGAUGCAGAAGAAAAGGAGGAAGAUAUAGAUCCACAAAGUGCUUGUAGUAGAACAUCCAGUGGACUAAGAGCUAGAAGACCCAGGUUUAAAUAUCAAUUCUAUAGGAAAGUCACUUAACCAUAAUACUUGCACUACCAAGCACUUGCAGUUGUGAGGAAAAUGCUUUGUGAAUUGUAAAGCACCAUGUAAAUGCCAGCUAUUAUUAUAAUUAGGGGAGUGGUAUAAAGCAUCUAAAAUUUGCCAAAGCACUAGUAAUUGAAGUUGUCUAUUUCCAUCUCAGAGAAUGUUUUGCUUCCCCUCCCUCCCUACAAACUCUUAUCUUCUGUGUUAGUAUCUGUUCUAAGACAGAAGGAUAAUUGAGGACUAGGCAAUUGGGGCUGGAUGACUUGCUCAGGGGACAUAGCUAGGAAGUGUCCAAUGCCAAAUUUGAACCCAGAUCCUCUGGAUUCCAGGCCUUGUGCUCUGUCUACUAUCCUACCUAGCUGACACUAGAGAAUGUUUUAAAUUCUACAGAGAACCCACUAUAUCUGUUUUAAAAUUGCACAACAGUAAAUAUAAUUUUAUUAUAUAUUAUAUAAUAAAAAUAAUAGUAAAUAUAAAAAAUAAUUUUAUUUUUUAAUACUUAUUUUAUAACAACCAAGAUUUUUGUUAA